AUGGAGUACGUUUUUGAUGUCUUUUUCGAGGAGUGCUUCGACAAGAUGGCGCGCAGCGGACUGAUGUCGCGUGCCGGCCGGCGCGAUAUCAUCAGCCAUCUGAACUCGGUCAUAUCCGGCUGCAUCCAGGGGCGUCAAACAGCCUCCACGCAGCUGGCGGUCGGUUUGGCAGUGACGUCCGCUAUCGAUUACCACAACCGGAUGAAGGGUGACAACUACGAGGUGUGCAUGAUGGGCAAAUAUCACAACGUGCUGUACAUCGCGCUACGCAUCACCUGGGACUGGGGUUUGGAGGAUUCGCACAUAGUGCGGAAUUUGCUAGACGAAAUUUUUAAAUGCGAGAAAACCUUCGAGCGGCUGUUCCUGGGUGCACUGUUCGGUUGCAAUGCGCCCCACUUCAUCGCCGGCUGGAAAAGUGACUUUAACGAUCAGGACGAAAACCUGCGGGCGGUAGUGUUCUUUCUGCAUCACUCGGCAAAGGCGAGGGCAAUAUAUCCCACCUACUCGUACGCCUACCAACGGUUGCGCCAAACGAAAUUUAUCGACGUGCCCAUCGAUUCGUGCGGCAAGGCCACUCCGUUGCGUGUGGCUUUGCAGGCAUCCGCGCCGGAUAUUGUGCUGAUACUUCUGCGUCACGGUGCGAACCCCUGCCCGGACGAUGGUGGCGCUAGUCCGGUGCUCAGCUUGCUGGAGAAGCUGUCCGAAAGCGAGGACCGCUGCUAUCCGUUCCAGCUGGUGUCCUGCCUGAAGUUGCUGUUGCGCACGACCGUCAUGGUGGAGUUACCCUACAAACCUCAUCUGUAUGCCGUGCGGAAGGAGAUGUUUCACUGCAAGUACACUGCCUUGCUGGAGGAUGGGUUGCUGCCAGCGGAGCAGGUGUACGGCCUGCCAACCCUGAAGCACAUCUGCCGCUGCACCAUACGGGAUGCGUUGCGGGAAAACUUUCAACUACCCGGUGGCGUUGCGAAGUUGCCGCUUCCUCGCAAACUUCAGAAAUAUAUAGAUCUGCUCGAUUGA